CGCGCGGGCUUUGCAGGCAUGGGGGCCCCUCCAGGCCUGCAGGCCGACUGCGAGGAGCUGCUCAGCCGCUUCCAGGAGACGGACAGCGUGCGCUUCGAGGACUUCUCGGCGCUCUGGAGGAGCAUGAAGUUUGGGACCAUCUUCUGUGGCAAAAUGAGAAAUUUAGAAAAGAACACAUUUACAAAAGAAGCUUUAGCUUUGGCUUGGCGAUAUUUUUUACCUCCAUACGCCUUCCAGAUCCGAGUUGGUGCUUUGUAUCUGCUGUAUGGAUUAUAUAACACCCAACUGUGUCAACCAAAACAAAAGAUUAGAGUUGCCCUGAGGGACUGGGAUGAAAUUUUAAAAUUUCAACAAGAUUUGAUAAAUUCGGAACAUUUUGAUGUAGCCUAUAUUUUUAGGAAGCUACGACUAGACAAAGCAUUUCACUUUACAGCAAUGCCCAAAUUGCUGUCAUUUAGAAUGAAGAAAAAAGUUCAGCGAACUCCAGUUACGGAAGAAUUUAAGGAACCAAAUGAUCGUGUAAUGAAACUUAUCACUUCUGAUGUAUUAGAGGAAAUGCUGAAUGUUCAUGAUCUUUAUCAGAACAUGAAACAUGUAAUUUCAGCCGAUAAGUCCAAUCCAAACAAAACCCUCAGCUUGGUAAAGGAUGAUUUCUUUGAUAAUAUUAAGACAAUAAUUUUGGAGCAUCAGCAGUGGCACAAAGACAGGAAGAAUCCAUCCUUAAAAUUGAAAGGUAAAGAUGGAGAAGAAAAGAUGGAAGGAAAUUCACAAGAAUCAGAGUCGUGUGAAAGGGCAGCAUCAUUAGCAAAAAUAAAAUCAAAGGCCUUUGCAGUUGUUGUUCAGGCUUCCAAGUCAAGAAGGCAUCGCCAAGUCAGACUUGACUCUUCUGACUCUGAUUCUGCCUCUGGUCAAGCAACCAGGGAAAAAAGAAAUAAAGAAACAUUGAAAUCCGCUGGAAGGAAGAAGUCUUCCAGAAAAAGAGAUGACAAGCAGAAUGUACAUAAGGAAGAUAGAUGUUUGAGUCUGAGUAUGCCUGUUAUUACAGAGGAGGGUGAGGAGAACGGAAGUCAGAGUGAAACAGGUACAGAGGUCACGUCACUCAAGAGGAAAAGAAAAACCAGAACAAAGAGGCUGGUGUAGUUCAAUUUUGAGCUUUCUGACAGGAGAGUUACAUUCUGUGUAUAGAACAGGAAGACUGCCACUAUUAAAGACGAUCCUUCUGGGAAACUAUAGAUGAUAUCUUUGACAUGGCAAUACUUUAAUAUAGUUCCAGAACCAAAAGAAACAUACUGAGAGUAAGAACUUACUCAAAUUUAUUUUCAACAUGUUCUUUUACGAAAUCUGUGUAAGGAGAGAAAAUUUUGAUUUAUAAUAUAAUAGAGUAAUCCUGUUAUUUGCAGAUUUUUAAUAUUUCCUACAGCUUUUGUGUUAUUACACUAUGUUAGUACA